AUGGAAUAUGGAUCGUAUCUUGACAUACUUAGAAAUCAAGAACGUUAUUUGCGCCUCGUGACAGGAAAUCAUGCAGCAAAAUAUACCCAUCAUCAGCCAGUUUACAAGACACGAUUGGCUUUGCCAGAAGAUUACGACAAAGUAAUGACUUUUAUGAGUGACGCGUUUUUCAAAGACGACCCAAUCAUGAUGAACAUAGGUUUGGAGGAGCAAGAACCCGCGCCAUUGUUGCUAAAGCUCAUGUAUGACGAUCUUCGUGAUGGUAUGACUAUAAUCGCCGAGGGACAGGGCAAUUGUAUCGUGGGCGUCGCGGUGAACGCCGGCUCCUGUCCUUGGGAUCCUGACAAGUUCGUCGAGUUCGCUAGGUGUUGUGAAUGCGGGUCGACUCGCGACGUGAUCGAGUUCGAGGCUUACGUGACCCGCAAACCAAAUCUCUGGAAGCGUUACUGCGUUCUCAAGAUCUUCGAGUGCAGCUAUCUCGCGGUCGGACCGGACUUCCGUAACCGGGGUAUUGCCAGAAAGCUCGUGCUAGAUAGCUGGUAUCUCGCGCGCGAUUGCGGCUAUCGAUUGUUUCGUGUUGACUGCAGCAAUAGAUAUAUCGCGCGAAUCGCGGAAGGUUUUGGAUGGAAGCGAAUAUGUACAAUUCCAUUUAAUCAAUAUCUUAAAGACGGCAAACUCGUUUUUAAGUAUAUUAAGGAGCCACAUACCGAAAUGCUGGUUUAUAUUGAUCAAGUCACAUUUUGUAAAGAUUAUUGUCCACCUUAUAAUAGCUGUAAAACGACAUCAGCACCAAAAAUCCUUAAAGAGAAAAUUUAA